AAAAGCUACAGAUUUCCUCAUGGAAUUGUCCUCUCUAAACAAUUAACUUAUAGUUUGAAAGCACUAUUAUGGUAGCACUGACUGCUACAGAACAGCAGGCGAAAAGUAAUAAAAGAAGAAGCAGCACCUGAAAAAUAUCUUUCGUCCAGAAUCUUAUUGAGCAAACAAUUGCAAAAAUUUUUUGUUUUUCAUAAAUUUAAUACAAGAAUUAAUUAAUUGUUCAUGUUGAUAUAUAUGAAAUGCAACACUAUCAAAACAAAGUGAUUGAAUAAGAAUUAAAGUUUUGUUAAGAAUUAGAAUAACAAAAGAAAGACAAAAAGGCAAAGAAAAAAAAGAGACAAGACACCCUAAGCUGAAAUUUGUAUCUUACGUUUUCGGCCACAACAAUUGGACAACCAAAAAAUAAUAGUAAAUUUGGACAUAUUGUCGGCAUUAAACGAGGAAGGAAUAUAUUAUUGUUGGAGUUACCAGUAAAACAUAGAAAAAACAACAACGAAACGACCCCUACAACAAUCAAGCGUUGACAGCGCUGCUUAGCGUGUCGUACGAGCGGCGAACUAUGAGCGCCUCGAAAAAAUACAAAUCAUCUGAAACAGCAACAGAGAUACUACAUCAUCAGCAGGACACUGAAAAUAUUAAUAAUCGUUUUAGGAAAUCGGCCGAUUUCUUUGGUCCCUCAACAUCGGCAGCAGCAGCAGCUCAAUCGAAUCAAUCGGCGUCCGGCGUUAGUGGACGUAUAGCUUUGGGUCAACAGAACACAAACGCAAUGCAACGUUCAGGCAGUAAUAGCAAUUUGAAUAACAUUGGCUCUGGUGGGGGAGGUAGUGGUACAAAUGGUGAACGUCGUGCAAAUUUCUCCAUGUUGGAUACAACAGCUCAUCUAAACGAUCAUCGUUCAUCGACAACAACUUCAGCGUUUUUUAAUAAAAUGGGAACCAAUAAUGCCUCUAAACCGGGUGAUGUUAAGAAAAUUGUUAUUAAAAAUUUUAAGGUUUCAGCCAAAUAUGUUGACAUGAAAUUACGUGCUGGCAACAAAGAAGCCACCGAAGAAGAACUGGAACAAAUACUCGAUAAAAUCAUGGUACUUUUCCGUUUCAUACAUGGAAAAGAUGUUUUUGAAGCCUUCUACAAAAAGGAUUUGGCCAAACGCUUAUUAGUGGGAAAAUCUGCUUCCGUCGAUGCUGAAAAGAGUAUGCUAUCGAAAUUGAAACAAGAAUGUGGUGGUGGUUUUACCUCAAAAUUGGAGGGCAUGUUUAAAGAUAUGGAAUUGAGUCGUGAUAUAAAUAUUUCAUUUAAACAAUAUGUGGCGAAUAUGGAUGGUGAAUUAACGAGUAUCGAUCUGACCGUGAAUAUCUUGACAAUGGGUUAUUGGCCAACAUAUCCUCUAACAGAGGUUAAUAUGCCGCCACAGUUGGUGAAACCACAACAGGUAUUCAAUAAAUUCUAUUUGGCUAAGCACAGUGGACGUAAAUUACAAUGGCAACCAACAUUGGGAAAUUGUGUGCUGAAAGCACGUUUUGAUGGGGGACCAAAAGAAUUGAUGGUUUCUUUAUUCCAAGCUUUGGUGUUAUUGUUGUUUAAUGAUAGAGACACUUUGUCAUUUGAAGAAAUUGUAGCGGCAACAAAUAUUGAGGAUGGUGAAUUGCGUCGCACAUUACAAUCAUUGGCCUGUGGUCGUGCUCGUGUUAUAACUAAAGAACCUAAAGGUCGCGAAGUGGAAGAUAAAGAUCAAUUCCAUUAUAAUAAUGAAUUUACCAACAAAUUGUUCCGCAUUAAAAUUAAUCAAAUACAAAUGAAAGAAACGACGGAAGAACAAAAAGCUACCGAAGAACGAGUGUUUCAGGAUCGUCAGUAUCAAAUUGAUGCUGCAAUUGUACGAAUUAUGAAAAUGCGUAAAACGUUAUCACAUAAUUUACUAAUUACUGAACUUUUCAAUCAGUUAACAUUUCCUGUCAAGCCGGCUGAUCUGAAAAAACGCAUUGAAUCACUUAUUGAUCGUGACUAUAUGGAACGUGAUAAGGAUAAUCAAAAUCAAUACAAUUAUGUGGCUUAAUUUAACUCAAAUACAAUUAAAAUGCGACAUUUUGGUCGUUAUUUCUAUACCUUUUUUCAUAAGUUUCUUUGGAAUGUAAUUGUAAACUAUUAAACAAAAAAAAAAAAAAACAAACAAAAACUAAACAUAAAAAAAUACUUAUUUAAAUGAAUAUACAUAUAAAAUUUAUGUUCUGAAAAGCGAAUUAAUCGAUGAUCGUUUUGUUGUUUAACUAUUUGUCUCUCUCCACUACUACUACCACUAUUACUGUUUAUCUACUUAAUAUAUUUUUAAUACGAAAAUUUUUUUAAUUUGCAAUCCAAAGAAGAAUUGUAAAGUUUAACUCCUUAUUCAUAUAAAUAAAAAUUUGUUAAAAUUAGCUUAAAAAGGAAACAACAACAACACAAUAAACGUAUGUGAAAUUUGAAGAAACAUG